GGUGACUCACACCUUUAAUCCCAGGGAGUGAUGGCAGAAAGCAGAAAAGUAGAGGUGCACUCCGGCAUGGCUUCGGCCUCUUCCUGCGGCGGGGCUGGGUUGUUGCGUUUCCUGCGGCUGGUCGGGCAGCUCAAGAGAGUCCCACGGACAGGCUGGGUAUACAGAAAUGUGGAAAAGCCAGAAAGUGUGUCAGAUCACAUGUACCGGAUGGCGGUUAUGGCUAUGGUGACCAAAGACGACCAUCUGAACAAGGAUCGAUGUAUAUGCCUAGCCCUGGUUCACGAUAUGGCAGAAUGCAUCGUUGGGGACAUAGCACCAGCAGAUAACAUCCCCAAAGAAGAAAAACACAGACGAGAAGAGGUUGGUGCUGACCAUUGGCUCUGCAAAGGACCGCGAGGAAAAGCUGUCGCUGAAGUGAAGAGAAUUCACCAGCUAUAAAGAAAGAUGGGGAAGGUCGGAGAGGAUGUGCUUAGAGUUUUAGGAUGUGCUUAGAGUUUUAGGGCCAAGGUGUUACGAUGGAGCGCAUCCGAUGAUAGACAACUAGCUGGGUCUGUAUAGAGUUUAGUACUUAAUGGCUCACGUUUGGUGGGAAUAGCGAGGGAAGGUCUUCAAGAGAGUCUUGAAGUAAUAGUCUUCUCUCAGCAAGGGUUUCUUGGCCAGCAAAGUUGUUUUAGCUUAUUCUCAGCAACAUUUUAUAUAAGAAUAGGGCUACAUCCCUGCUCCAGCCUUGACACUGGAACAAAUAGUCAUGUUGGCGUCAGUUCUUGUUAGUGUGCAUGGAGAGAUGGCAUGGAUUUCAUAAGAAUAGUACAAAUAGCAGGGAUGUAAGUCAGUUUGUGGAAAUUAUCCACCCCCCCCCCCCACACACACUUAAACUAUUUGGA